CUGCUGUCCCCGCCCGGGUUUAUUGCUCUCAUACACUUUGCUUCCUUAGGCCUACAGGCUCUGGGCUAACAUAUCAAUCACGGACCCGAUGGAGACACACUAAUCUCUUUUCACCUAUCGGUAAGAGCCGUAAAUCGGCGGUGUGGGCCCUUACCGGAGCGGUACUGAUUCGCGGACUCUGGUCAGUCAACGCGAACCCGGCGCCGGAGCGAAGGAAGAGCUGCUGACAGGCAGGGAGCAGUAACGCGCAUGCGCACACUGGGUCCCCACAGGAAAAGUCACGCAGGUGGGGGGGGAGCUGCAGUGAGCAUGCGCGCCGCCCACGCAUUACGUACAUACGUGCUGAGGCCAUGACGUCAAUUAAGAAGUGGCACAUGCCAGUACUGGAGAUGGAGGUCAUGACGUUACUAAGUGCCCUGUUUGAUUUGCUGGGACAGUCCCAUCACAUUUUAAAUAGAUAUCAUAUAUUAAAAGAGACUAUAAAUUAAAACUUAUGUUUCAUCUACUAGUAUAUGCAUUAAUGUCCUGCAAUGGAAAUGUUAUCACCUGUCUAAGCAUUGUGGGAAACAGGGUCGAUCCUAGGGUCACAGGCGCCUGGGUGCAGAAUUUUUUUGGGCGCCCCCAGUGGGCAUAGUCAUCAGGAGCGGCUCUCUAAUUAGGCGGUUUAGGGGGCCGCCUAAGGCCUCACGCUGACUGGUUCCUUGCGGCCGCCUUAACCUCCUGAGGGCAGACAGUGUCGGGUCCUCGGUCACACCAGGAGGGGGCCCGGCGGCAUACUGAGCGAAGCCCCUCCUGGCUGCCCGGUCAGCACUCGCAGACCAUGUGUUUCGCGAGAACUGGCCAAUCAGAGCAUUACCACGGGUUACCACAGCAACGCUCUGAUGGGUCUUGCGUGAUUCAUCGUCAGCAGCUCUGUGGAGCUGCAGACCGGAUGUAAUGGCCACUGGACCACAAGGCAACCCCUUCCUAUCACAAUCACCCACCCUCCCUUUCACCAUCACCCCCCCUCCUUCACACCAUCACCCUCCCUCCCUCUCACCAUCACCCCUUCUCCCUCUCUCAUCCCCCCUCCCCCAUCACCCCUCUCCCUCACAUUAUCACACCCCCACAACAUCACCCCCCACACCAUCACCCCCUCCUCACACCAUCAUUCUCUAUCUCACCUUUGUUCCCUCCCUCACACCAUCUCUCCCUCUCACCAUCACUCCCUCUCACCAUCACCCCCUCACCCCAUCUCCCUCACACCAUCACCUCCACGCCCUCUCACCAUCACCCCCAUCUCCUCUCACCAUCACCUCCCUCUCAUCAUCACCUCCUCUCACCAUCACCCCCCUCUCACUCUCACUAUCACCCCCUCUCCCUCUCACCAUUACACCCUCCCUCCCUCUCACUAUCACCCCCUCUCACCAUCACCCCCUCCCUCACACCAUCACUCUCCCUCCCUCACACCAUCACCUACUCACACACAGGAUCACCCCCACACACACACAGCCUCCCCAAACACACUGUUAGCAUCGCUGAGUACCUCUGAGGACUAUUCGUGGUGUUUGGUUCAUGCAAACGGCUGCCAGGGAGCUAACAUUCGGUUCCAUUCGAAUGAAUGGAAAGUGUUGAACCAGGGGCACCCAGGGAAAGCUGUUAAUGGCGGCUGGGCAGGGUAACUCCCAAAUGGUGUCUCAGACCUGGACCAUAGUCAGUGGGCAGGAGGCCAGCUUCCACACUCCCUCAGGAGUUCGUGGCAAACGUACGUGGGAAGGAGCGUUUGUCACUGUAUCGUAAUUCCCUGGCCUUCCUCCCGAGGCAAAAUUAGGGGUGGUUGUUGCUCACUCCUUGAGCUUUACCCAGAAACGUGCAAAGAGUUCAUCCAGUAAACUCAAUAAACUUGCCACAGAGUGAAAGUGAACAUCCUGGUGCGUAUGCAGACUCUAUGAGUCAGUAAAAAGGGCAUCUGCCAUCUUGAGAAUUGGAUUUGUGUCUAGGUAGCAGCUUGGAAUGAUAGUUUGUUACUUGGGAAAUGGUUUGAGGCAGUCCAGCAGGGACUGGGAUAAUCCCCACCUGUCCAGGGAGUAGGAGGGCAUGGAUCCACACAGUGAGUAUAAGAGCUUAACAUAAUUUUCUUUUCCUGGCUAUUUUACACUCCCUUAUGGGAUUUUUAGUUUAGCUUUUUAAUGGACAGGGGAGCUCAGGAGGGAGGGAGAUUUUAUUCACUGUAUUAAUUAUUCAAUUAAUUAUUCCUGUCUUGGGGAGAAGCUUUGCCCAUAAGUGAUGCUGUCAGAAAGAAAAUUACGGUUUAAUCUUUUACAACUACAAGUAUAAAAUGUUUUAAGAGUUAGAGAAGAAAAGGUAGUAAUAGCAGGUUCUCUACACAAGAGCAUCCACUGCAGUCAAAUAUUAAGUGGAUAUUUUUUUUACUGCAAAAGUAAGUAGAUGCUCACUGGUAUAACAGAUAAAAUAAGUUAAAUGAAUCCAUCUGUCAAACCAUCAAUUGCAUCUUGUUUAGAUCCAAACAUUAUUAGUGGAGAAACUGCAUGGAUUCUAAGACAAAAUGAUUCCAGAAACUGACAUGGAUAGUUUUCACAUCAGUCACAUCAUUUGAUGUUCUCAAGAUUUACACUUACGGGGUUAUUCAAUAAAGUGAGAAUUCAAAGUGAAUUUCAAACCUCAGGUCAAAGAAACAUCUCUAAGCCAACUAUGCUUUCAGUUCAGCUACUAUGGUCUGAAAUGUGAAAUUCUCACUUUAGUAAAUAACCCUGCUAAUCUUACAGCUUUAAUCACCGUAAAUAACUAGGUAAUAAUGUGACUUUGAUCAUUGCCGAUGGAGGCAGGUGAAUAAGUAGUGACAGAGUUUCUAGAAAUGUCUUUUGAACAGGAACCUAACAUUUAAAUAUAUAGACAAAUUUCUAUGUGAUAAAGGCGCUUAAAAUGCAGAGAGUAUAACUCUUGAUAACGCUUCAACACUCCUGUGGGAAUCCCUCUCACCCACAAAAACCAUGCAUACAAGAAAGUGGAUAAGAGCCCAAAGAGCUAUAAUCUUCAAGAGUGGAGCGUAAAAAAUGGUGGAAAUAUAACCACCUACCCUAAAUGGGGGUAUGUCAGAUUUUGCCAAGCUUGGAUGAUACUUCGAUCCAGUAGGUAUCAAGGCAUGUAUGAAAGAAAAAUAUGGGGGAAAUACAUAGUAUAAUUCUAUGAUAGGAAAAAAGGAAACGUAUAUACGUUGUAGAUUAACAACUCACAUGGAGUAGAGCCUCGGAUAGGACAGGCUCAAAUCUCUUCAGCAGUAGUGCCGUCUGGUGUUGUAGCAUUGUCAAGAGUUAUACUCUCUGCAUUUUAAGCGCCUUUAUCACAUAGAAAUGUGUAUAUAUAUUUAGACCAGCGGUUCUCAACCUGUGGGUCACGACCACUUUGGGGGUCGCCUAAGACCUAUAGGCGUGCGCACGGGGUGUGCUGGGUGUGCCUGGGAACGGCCUAAUCCCCGCCGUCGCGCUAUGUGCCUCCAUGGGCCGGUGAGGGAGAUAAAAGAUCUCCCUCACCGGCCCACAGGCAAGGAGGGAGGCAGGAGAGAACUCGGGGAGCUCUAGCCAGCAGCUCUGCCAGGUUACUCUCGCGAGGUCGGAGCAUUGCCGCAGCAACGCUCAGAUCUCGCGAGAGUGAACUCUAGCCCCGCACUGGGCCACCAGGGAUGGCGGCAGCACAGUCCCCUCUCUUAACUAAACGUUCCCCCCAUCCCCACACAAUACACACAAACAGCACCCACACACACACAGCACCCUUACACAGCACCCUCACACAUACAGCACCUUCACACAUACAGCACCCACACACAUACAGCACCCAUACACACACAGCACCCUUACACAUACACACACAGCACACACACUAACAGCACCCUCACACACACACACAGCACCCUUACACACACACCACCCUCACAAACACAUACACACAGCACCCUCCCACACACAGCACCCUUACACAUACACACACAGCACACACACACUAACAGCACCCUUACGCAAACAACACCCUCACACACAGCACCCUUACACAUACAUAUGCAGCACUCACACACACACACCACCCUUACACACACACACACCGCACCCUCACACACACAGCACCUUUACACUCACACAGCGCCCUCACACACACACACAGCUCCCUCACACACACACAGCGCCCACACACACACACAGAGCACAAACACACACGGCACCCUCACACACACAGCAGCGUGUAACAAUGAUAAUACAUCCUGCAUAUCAGAUAUUUACAUUACGAUUCAUAGCAGUAGCAAAAUUACAGUUAUGAAGUAGCAACAAAAAUUAUUUUAUGGUUGGGCGUCACCACAACAUGAGGAACUGUAUUAAAGGGUCGCGGCAUUUGGAAGGUUGAGAACCACUGAUUUAGAUGUUUUGUAUCUCUCUAUACCUGUGUGGGCUGUGAAAAUAAAACUAUGGCUGCAUUCACUAAAAAAACAAGGUGUGGCAAAAAUAUUGAUAUACUAUUUGACGAUCAAGUCAUACCUAUGGAUAGUACUGACAAUACUAUAGACACAAAAAAUUGUCAAUAAAAAUUAAAAAAGGCAUUAGCUAGGGAAAUGCGAAUUAAGUGGGAGGUAGCCACAAUGGAGAAAAAAAUCACCCCAAGAGGCUUAAGGUUCACUAAAAACCCCUCUUUUGAUCAAGACGAGGAGGAAUUUAUUGAUGAAUGGAUGGAGAUAUUGGAGAGUUCUCCUUUGGACUAAUGGGACGAAUAGUUAAAAGGAGAACAAAAAAAAAAAUAGACAGUGAGAUUAACACCCUUCAGGCACUGGCGUACAUACCGCAGUCGCAGGGGUCGCAGCUGUGACCAGGCCCGUCACUCCAGGGGGUCCGGCCGCCCUGCGGAACACUGCGACCGGGUACCCGCCGCCAUCUUUUUCGGGCCACAGCUCGCGCGGCAAACCGCUGGGGCCGCCAGCCAAAGGGGUCCAUCGGGUGGCCCAUGCUGUCAGGGCAACCCGAUGGAGAUGGAUUGUCAGGGGGCACGGUCAGCGCUAGGUGCUUUAACAGCAUGACCGGGCCCCCUGUGAUGACAUAACACGCUGGGAGGAAGUGACUGCACUGGUCACUCUCCCCAGCAUACACACAGAGCCCACACGGGAGGAAACAAAGGAGGGAGUCAGAGUGGGAACUCUGACUCCCAUCAGGCUGAGCCACAACUGGACCCCAGGGAGUCACCCUCCUGCACCUAAAAGGAAACAGGAGGGUGACUUAAACAUUUUGUGCGUGUGUGUUUGCAUGUAUGUGUGUAUGUGCCUGUCCGAGUGUGUGUGCCUGUCUGUCUGUAUGGAUGUGUGCCUGUUUGUCUGUAUGUGUGUCUGUCUGUGUUUGUGUGUGUGUGUGUGUGUGUGUGUAUGUGUGUCUGUGUGUGUGUGUGUGUGUGUCUGCCUGUAUGUAUGUGCGCCUGUCUGUUUGUAUGUAUCUCUUUGUAUGUAUGUGUGUCUUGUGUGUGUGUGUGUGUGUCUGUCUGUCUGUCUGUCUGCAUGUGUCUGUGUUUCUGUAUGUGUCUGUCUGUAUGUAUGUAUCUGUCUGUGUGCCUGUCUGUAUGUGUGUGUGUGUCUGUCUGUAUGUCUGUGUGUGUGUCUGCCUGUAUGUGUGUGUGUGUGUGCCUGUCUGUUUGUAUGUAUGUAUGUUUCUUUGUAUGUAUGCGUGUCUUGUGUGUGUGUCUGUCUGUGUGUAUGUGUCUGUCUGUAUGUAUGUGUCUGUAUGUGUGCCUAUCUGUAUGUAUGUAUGCCUGUCUGUAUAUAUGUGUGUGUGUCUGUCUGUAUGUGUGUCUGUCUGUCUGUGUGUAUGUGUCUGUGUGUAUGUAUCUGUCUGUAUGUAUGUGUCUGUAUGUGUGCCUGUCUGUAUGUAUGCCUGUCUGUAUGUAUGUAUGUAUGUGUGUGUCUGUAUGUGUGUGUGUCUGUCUGCAUGUAUGUGUCUGACUGUAUGUGUGCCUGUCUGUUUGUAUGUAUGUGUCUGUGUGUGUGCCUGUUUGUGUCGGUCUGUAUCUGUGUGUCUGUCUGUAUGUUUGUAUGUAUGUGUGCCUGUCUGUAUGUAUGUGUGUGUGUGUCUGUCUGUGAGUAUGUGUCUAUAUGUAUCUGUCUGUAUGUGUCUAUGUGUGUGUGUGUGUGUCUCUAUGUAUGUAUUUGUGUGUGUGUCUGUCGGGGAGGGGGGUGGGGGGGUCCACGGAUCAGUUUUGCACUGGGGCCCCAUGGAUUGUGUGUACACCACUGCCUUCAGGAUAUACUUCACAACAAUAUGUCCUCAGAAGGGUAUUCCUCUAGGGUGGACAACAUCUAAACAAACAUAGAAAAAAUGGAAACAUCUGUAAUAGAUACAAAAAAGAAGAAAUACACAAGAGAUAGGAAUGAUUAUGCUAGAAAUCAGGUACGCACAUAUUCAAAGUGGCAAUCAAAACCACGACAUCAUACCCAGAGGGAAAGCCAUCCAAAUGGAUGGAAUAAAAUACCACUUUCAAAUAGAUACCACCAGAGUUCGACCCCACAUAAGAGAGCCAAAAGAGAUCAGGGACACACAAAAGAAUCCACUAACAAAUAUCACCAUAUGCCAGGAAAUUCCAACACACCCGAGUUGGUAGUGAAAAGAAAAGAACCCUACAAAUGUAUAAGCCACCAAUCCAGAGCUCAAAACACCUUCUCUUUUUUGAUUUGAUUGUCUAGACAGAUCCCCAGAAAAAGGGGUUUUCCGGGAGGUAUACCCAAAGGACAGACACAAACAACAGGAAAACAAAGGGAAAUCACCAGGGAAAACAAUGAAAGUGUAAAAGAAGGGAAAAUCGAGGCUCUAAUCCAAGUGAGUUGUUAAUCUGUAAUGUAUAUAUGUUUCCCUUUUUCCUAUUAUAGAAUUAUACUAUGUAUUUCCCCCAUUUUUUUCUUACAUACAUGCCUUGAUAUCUACUGGAUCGAAGUAUCAUCCAAGCUUGGCAAAAUCAGGAACCUAACAUUGUCUUUAUUUAUAAACAGGAACUCUUGUGUACAAUUCUAAAUGUGGAGUGAUCACCACGGCAAUUAAUGAGAUGCUCCUAUGUAAUGUGGCACUGAAAACAUCCGGAGCUGCUAGUCAGACCAAACAUUUGCAUGUCACCUCGAAACACAUGUGAAUAGCAUUUUUUUAUUAAUACGUCAUAUUCAUGGAAUGAAGGAAUACAGGGAUGUGCAUGUGAACUGUAAGUGUGUUUAUUCAUGCAGGGAUAUAUUUGUGAAGUGUCUGUGUGUGGAUGCUGGGGUAUAUAUGGGUGAAGUGUCUGUGGGUGACUGCAGGAGUGUAUAUGUACUCCAUCUCCCUACACAUUUCACCUGCCCUCAUUUCCUUGUUACCCCUAGAUCUCCCCUUUUAUAUCCCCUUUCUGCAUGCUCCCUGCCAUUCCAUUGCUUCCAUGCCCCCUUCUUUUCUCCUUUCUCCCAAUGUCUGCCCAUUUUCUGCUUAUUAUGCUAUCCUUUCAAGCUAUUGCUAACCACUGUCCAGUGGCAAGAGGGAGCCACAGAGAGCUGUACUUAUACUGGUUCUAAAUACAGCUCCGUCCCGGCUCGCUAUGUUGUUGUAAGAAAUUAUGACCCUCUUACAAGGAUAUUCUUUUAGGGAAUGUGUGACAAAUAAGACACAAACACAAGUGUAUAAUAAAAUGUAUUGUAAAUAUUAAUUUAGGAUACUGUUACAGAUUUUAGAAGGAUAUAAUACACAUUAUAACCAUAUCCAGUACAUAAUCAAAAGAUACAUAGUAAAAGGACAAGACAUUUGAUUGAAGAUCUUCCCUUUGCUCCUUCAUCUUUGGUAGUCUGGGAUAGUCUCUCUCAGCUCACCAUUGCACCUCUGCUUGCUGCAAUCCUCCCCAAAAGAGACGAAAAGAGAAAGAGAUGAGAGGGCUCCAACCUCCUUGGCUGUUGUUCUUUAAAAGACUGAUUCUUGCAGUCAUUAACUACAUGUCCCAGAAUCCUCUUUCCCUCCCAAAAGUGGUUUAUUCAGCGCCCUUUUUCCAGAGAGUUCUGUCUUUACACAAGUCUUUCCCUUUGAUCUCUUCCCUCCAGCUAUACUGUAACAUUGUGUGUGGCCUUUUUCGUCGAAUGCUCAGCGGUAGAUUGUCGUCUACGCUCUGGAACUAUUCUCGGACACUUAUUUUGACGAACACCGUUGAAGCUCACCAUCAUCCAUCCCAUUCGUUUCUUUAUGCACGAACAAUAUACUGUUCGGACUUUCAACAUACGAAAGAGACCGACCCCAGGUAGCUGAGAGCAUGGAGCUAUUUUCGGAUACAUUUUGCACAGCCGGUGAACUGAAUCUUUAACUCGAUGGCAUUUGAACUGUGUUCGUGGGAUCUAAACGCUAUUCAAAUAUAUUGUGCGCUCAGAUCCAAGCUAUCUAAGGGUAUGUUGAACAUGGGGACUCCAUUUGGUAAAAUAUGAGUUAUGGAUUUUAAUACAGUUUUGUUACAAUGUAAAAAGAAAAUGUUUCUCUCUACCUGGAGAUAAUUAAGUUUGCUCCAACCACUUAAGCCAAUUAUCUCCAGGAUAGAGAGGAAGGAUUCCAUUGUUUGUAGUGGGUGUGUUUAAUAAUUGUACUGUAAACUGAUUGGUUCUGUACUUUGUGUCACAGUCUUCCACAAGGUCCCCUUGCUGGAAGACUAUCAUAAAAGACCGAGUGUGGCCAGCACUUGUCUUUACCCAUAUGUUUCACUUCCUCAAUUCCAACUCUCUCCUUGACCCUCUUCAAUCUGGCUUCCCCCCUCUCCACUCUACUGACACUGCUCUUAUCAAAGUUAUUAACAACCUUAAUGCAGCAAAAUCCCCAGAUUUUACUAUUAACAUGACGUAAAGUCAUGAUUUUAUUAAUGACACGGAGGCGAGUAUUAUGCAUUCUCUUUCUUUAUUAUACUCCCAGCAGCAAGAAAAGGAAGUAUGAGAGAAUCAUAUAAAAAAACAUAACAACAGCUUGGUAACAGUGGCACCAAUCAGCAUCCAGUAUUAUCCAUAUGGGUGUGGUGCUCCUUGACUCCUCCUCUUUCUGCGUAGAUCCCGAAGACCAUAGUGUAAGUUCCAAAAUAUUCCAACAACACGAAUUCCCGAAACAAAACCAUAACCGGAAAUUCAACAGGGAACAGCUUCAACCGCCAACUUUCACAGGUGUAUUCAAGCUAAAAAAGAAGAAAUAUAUGGUAAUAUCGAGACUUGCGACUGCUAUUCCAUAGUUAUCCAACUCUUCCACUAUGUUAUUCCAACACUAUAAGUAUAUAGAAGUAUAUUCAUCACAAACCUUACUCACCUUCGUGUCGUGUAUGACACUUUACCUACCGUAUUUUGUCAUUCCAAAGGUCCCAUGAUUGACCUGUAACUUAAACACCACCCUGGGUAGGGCGGGUGGGAAUAAUACUCACCUCCGUGUCAUUAAUAAAAUCAUGACUUUACGUCAUGUUAAUAGUAAAAUCUGGGAAUUUUAUUAAAGACUCGGAGGCUCCUAUUAUGCUAUUUUAAAGCUGAGCAACCACCAAACUGGAAAUAUGUUGUACCGGUCGAAAGUAGAAAUUACAAAACGUAGACUCAUUCGACCAAUCAGCUGCUCGUAAGAUGUCUUCCAAUCUACAACCUAUCAUGGAAGCUUUAGAAGCCAUCGCCCCGCGAAUGGAGUGUGAGGAGAAAAUUGAAGUGUCUAUGCCUGCCACGGAUAAUAACCAUUUGAUCCAACGAGCUAAAGUAGGAGUAGAUACUGGUAGGUGCGGUACUCUGAACGAGAUGAAUAAUGGAUGGGUUUGAUCAGGACGGAGCGAGCUUGUGCGGCGCUCGUAUUCCUUAAGGCAUAACACUGGGCACAGAUUCGGAUUGUCUGGAAACGACGGGUAGAAAACCUCCUUAGUUGCAGACUUUGUCCUUCGUGAAAUAUUGAAGGAAACUCCGUUCGGAACAAAAGCGCGUGCUUGCCAAUCCAAUGCUCUGACAUCAGCAACCCGUUUACAUGAAAGUAAACAAAACAACAUCAACAGUUUGGUUGAUAAUUGUUUAAGAGAAAGUUCAUGAUUCAAAGGCCAAGACUCGAGAAAACGAAAAAUCACAUUGACAUCCCAGAAGGAAGAAUACCGAGCCUGCGGGGGUCGAGCAAACCGGAUGCCUUUGAGCAAACGACAGAUGAGGGUAUGUUUACCUAUUGGAGUACCAUCCAAUCCCCUAUGUCUCGCCGAUAUCGCUGACCUGUAUAGAUUUAUAGUCCGAAAGGCUUUACCUUCUUCAAAGAGUAGAGUCAGGAAUUGUAAGAUUAUUUUCACAGGAGCUGAUAUGGGAUCCACUGAUUGUCCCACGCACCAAUCAGUCCACUUCCUCCAAGCCAACCCGUAGGAACGUCUGGUACCUGGUGCCCAAGACUCUGCCAAGAGACCGAGUGUUGUCUGCGAAACAUCCUUGAGAUUCCAUGUUCCCCUGAAAGGAACCAAGCCAUCAGGCGAAGUAGACCCUGGUCGAUCAACUCGUGACUCAUUCCCUCUGGAUCGGUCAGGAGGUAGGAUAUGUCCGGCAAGAGUCGUGGGGAAUCUAUCGACAUUUCUAAUAACUGUGGGAACCAAGGUUGUGACCUCCAUAUCGGGGUUAUCAGCACUAGAGUCCCUUUGGAAUAUCGAAGGUAUGCAAGGGUCCGAGAGAUUAGGCUGAACGGUGGAAAAGCGUAAUUCUUGCCCUUGGACCAGUCUUGUAAGAAUGCGUCUGCCAGCGCAUCUGGGUCCGGUCUCCAACUGAAGAACCGAGGAAGUUGGGUGUUCAGCCGAGACGCGAAGAGAUCUAUGUUGAGAGGUCCCCAAAGUCGAGAAAGACGUUGGAAGAUCAUUGGGUGGAGAUGCCAAUCCCCUGUGUCUCAAAGAUAUCGAGAAUUCCAAUCCGCUAGUGCAUUGUCCCGUCCUGGGAUAUAUUCCGCUAUUACCGAAAUGUUGUGUUUUAGACAAAAAUGCCAAAAAUCUCGAGCCAUCAGUGCCAGAACUUUCGAUUUCGUUCCUCCUAGGUGGUUGAUAUAACGCACCGCCGAAACGUUGUCCAUCUUGAUUAGGAUAGAGCAUGAGAUGCCUGUGGGGGUCAUGCUGCGAAUGGCAAAGGAUGCCGCUAACAGUUCUAGGCAGUUGAUGUGUAACAACGUUUCUUCGUUGGACCAUCUGCCACCGGUGGAAACUGAGCCACAAUGUGCGCCCCAGCCGUGUAAGCUGGCGUCUGACUCUAUGACCAGAUCUGGCGUAGACCCGAAUAUCGCCCGUCCGUUCCACGCCUCCAUGUGGGCUAGCCACCAUGUCAACUCCUCUCUGGAAUCUUCGUCCAGUGUAACACAGGUUUCGUACGAGUGUCCGGAGUGCAGAUAUGAGGCCUUGAGCCUUUGUAGGGCACGAUAAUGUAACGGGCCCGGGAAGAUUGCUUGUAUGGACGAUGCCAGUAGCCCUAUGAUCCUCGCAAGUUGUCUGAGGGAAAUGGUCAUACGAAUCAUAAGUCGUCUGAUCUCUUUCUUGAUCGAAAUCAUUUUGUCUUUGGGUAGGCACAACCUCUGCUGUACAGAGUCCACUUGAAAUCCCAGAAAUUCCAUGCAUCUGGAGGGUUGAAGGACAGAUUUCUCCCAAUUCACCAAGAAUCCUAAGUUCUGGAGAAGGUGUGUUGUCCAAGACAAAUGAACCCGUAAUUGGGAUUGAGAUUGAGACAGGAGAAGGAUAUCGUCCAGGUAAAUUAUUAACUUGACCCCUCGUGUGCGCAGGAAGGCAAUCACCGGCUUUAGUACCUUUGUGAAGCACCAUGGAGCAGAGGACAGACCAAACGGUAGACAUACAAACCUCCACUUCGUUCCUUGCCACUGAAACUGCAGUAGGUUUUGGUGUGCUUCCGCGACAGGGAUUGUCAGAUAAGCAUCCCGUAAAUCUAUCUUGACCAUCCAAUCUGAUGGUAGUAGGAUGUCCCGAAGGCAAUGAAUACCCUCCAUUUUGAAAUGGUGAUAUUGGACAAACGCAUUUAGGGGUCGGAGAUUUAUUACUGGGCGUACUCCACCCCCUUUCUUUGGAACCAGAAACAGGUUGCUUACAAACCCUUCUGUGUCCCAUGGGAUUUGUUGAAUAGCGUGUUUUGACGCCAAAUCUGCAAUCUCUGCCGAGAUCAUCUUCUGGUGGUCGUUGGCCAUGUUUAGUUCUCGAGGGAACUGCACCUGAGUAGGGUAAGAGACUAGCUCCAUCAGGUACCCCUGUACUGUAUUUAAUACCCAAACAUCUGAGGUUAGAAGUUUCCAAGCAUGGUGAAACAGUGCCAAUCUGCCCCCCACUUUUAUAUGGGAAAAAUGGAGAUACUCGGUACUCACCAUAAGGUCGUCUGCCUGAGACAGACCCCCGCGGUCCGCGGGAGUUCCAGGGCGUCCACGAGAUGGGAAGAACGGGGUAUAAGUUCGUUCUGGUACCGGUCUCUGGGUAUUAAAGGAGCCUCUGCCGGCUCUAAAUGAGCCACGAAAUGCACGGCCGGAUAGACGGCUCCUACCUCUACCGGCCCCUCCAAAAACCCGAGGUGCAAAUACUCUUUUUAGAGAAGUCUGAGCUUUGUCAAUUGCUGUAAAUGUUUUAACGUACAGCCCAAGAUCCUUAAUAAAGGAUUCACCAAAGAGUAAGCCUUUAGCGGCUGGCCCCGGCUCAUUGGUCGCCAUACUGACCAGUUUGGGCUCUAUUCUCAUGAGAAUCGCCUUGCGGCGUUCGGUUGCCAUGGCUGUAUUGGCGUUACCCACCAUGCAGACUAACCUCUGCAACCAGCCUUUCGCUACUUCGAAAUCGAAGUCAUUCUCACCAGAUUGGGCAGAUUCCACUAACUCAUAAAGUUUGGUGAUGGGCCCCAGAGUGUCCAGGAACUUGUCCUGGCAGUUCCGAAGGGAGAAAUUCAAACCUUUCCUAGGUUUUCAACCCGACUUAUUCAAAAAUUGGACCAAUUGGGGAUCCACGUCAGGGGUUUUUCCCACUGAGUCAGGAAGGAAAGGCCGCGGGCAUUCCGCCCGUAGCUUGUUACGUCCUUCCUUAGAUAAAUGUUUUCUUACUCUUAGCGCGAGGUACCUCGCAAUGUGCUCAGGCGGCUCCCAUUCCGCCGAGCGAGGGUGACGGAGGUUAUCUGGGUCAAACAACGGGUUACCCAGAGGGUCCCGCAAAUCGUCGCCCUCGCCCGAUACGGCAGGCUCAGUGCCCUGAGCCGUAGCCUUCUGGGUUGCAGUGUGAAAUUUCACCUCGGACCCUGAAUCGGAAUAUUCCGCACUAUAAUGGUCCAUGCAUAACUCAUCAUACUCCUCCUCCAAACUCCAGUCCGAAUCGGACAAGUCCUCUUGGGCACGUGCCCGCUUCCAAGAUCUGUCCGAUUUUGCCCGGCCAGGGGCUCUAUUGCGCGGUGGUAUCGCGCCAUCCAGGGGCGUAUUAGCCGCGAGGCAAACAAGGCAUUUGCCUUGGGCGGCAUUUUUCAGGGGGCGGCAAAAAACGCCGCCCCCCAAAUGCCCAAGGUAAAUGUCUUGUUAGCCUCGCGGCUAACAGACAUUCUGGGCGCUGGGCGGCAGUGGCUGCAGCGCUGGGCGGGCGGCCAGCGAGGGAGCUCUUCCCCUGAGCGCUCUGCUCAGCUCCCUCGCGCGCCGCCAGCAGAGUGAGGCCGGGAGCCGGGUUGAUGACGUCAUAUUCCGGCUCCCAGCCUCACUCUGCUGGCGGCGCGCGAGGGAGCUGAGCAGAGCAGAGCGCUCAGGGGAAGAGCUCCCUCGGCGGCCGCCCGCCCGCCCAGCGCUGCAGCCACUGGACCCCAGGGAGAGGAAGAACCCCCCCCCAGCAUUACCAAAGGUAAGGAGGCUGGGGGGGGUUAAAUAAAAAAACAAAACAAAAAACACUAGUGUGUGUGUGGAAGUCUGUUAGUGUGUAUGUUAGUGUGUGUAUGUAUGUUAGUGUUAGUGUUAGUGUAUGUAUGUUAGUGUUAGUGUAUGUAUGUUAGUGUGUGUGUAUGUUAGUGUGUGUGUGUCUGUUAGUGUGUGUGUGUCUGUUAGUGUGUGUCUGUUAGUGUGUGUGUGUAUGUUAGUGUGUAUGUUAGUGUGUCUGUUAGUGUGUGUAUGUUAGUGUGUGUGUGUAUGUUAGUGUGUGUCUGUUAGUGUUUGUGUCUGUUAGUGUUUGUGUCUGUUAGUGUGUAUGUUAGUGUUAGUGUGUGGAUGUCUGUUAGUGUGUGUAUGUUAGUGUGUGUGUGCAUGUUAGUGUUUGUGUCUGUUAGUGUGUAUAUGUUAGUGUUAGUGUGUGUGUGUCUGUUAGUGUGGAUGUCUGUUAGUGUGUGUGUUUGCCUGUUAGUGUGUGUGUGUGUUUGCCUGUGAGUGUGUGUGUCUGUUAGUGAGUGUGUGAGUGUGUGUCUGUUAGUGACUGUGUGUUUCUGUUAGCUAGUGAAUGCGUAUCUGUCAGUGAAUGUGUGUGUGUGUGUAUUUAGAAGGCGGAGCAGGGGGAAGGUUGGGUGGCGGUUGCGCGGGUGGGGGUGGCGCGGGGGGGUGCCUGAGUUUUGUCCUGCCUAGGCCAGCACAAAACUAGGAUACACCACUGGCGCCAUCCUUGACAGCCUGAGGCGUGCCAGUCAUUGCAGGCUGAACCUGCAGUUCUGGAGGGGAGGCAAUAUGUUUGCUUUUCGUCAAGGCUUUACGUCCCGGUUGUACCACAUUAGUGGUUCCCGGAUUUAGUGUGCUCUGAGGGCCACAACUCUGAGACUGUAUCAGCGCUUUGGUUACAGAUUGUGUGAUAGAGGAUGACAUGACCCCCAUCGCGGAGGCUAACGCCUUGUUUAUGGAUUGUGCCAUGGUAGAAUCGAGGAGGGAUUGAAAUUCCUCCGAUGCCAUGAGGCUGGCGUCAUCCUUACAUGCCCUGUCUGAGGGGGAAACCCCUGGUGUAGGACACACAGACCCUGCAGGUCUUUCAUUCUCAUCUUGCAUUUUAGCAAUAAUAUAAACUCACAGGGGAUAAAACACCCAAGUCCACUCAGAGUUAGAAUUAUAGGGCCCAAUAAGGUAAUGCCACUAGUAGUAGCUAAUGGUUAAGAACGGUAACUGAAAUGACCUGUAGGGAAAAAAUAUACUAGCUAAGGCUAAGGACAAAAAGGGUGUCAGGAUAGAGUAAUCCCCCACACCAACACUUACAGUUUGACCAGCAAAGACAGCAACACAGUAAAUAAGCACAGGAUGGGUCUGGGAGUGCGCCAGGAGGGUAGGAGAAACCGUUAUCCACCUACAGAAUCGGUCCGCAGCAAUUUCCCGCCGAAAACGUACUUAAAAUGGCCGCCGCGAGAAAAUUUACAUAGGCGGCGACAUAAACCAAAAAGAUGGCCGCCGCGGCACGUACUGCGCAUGCGCGGCCGUUAGGAAAAGGGGGAAAACCGGCAAAAGAGCGUUUGCGCAUGCGCGGACCGGCAGAAAACCGCGGAAUAGACCGCGACCAAAACAGAGAGCGGCUAAGGAGAGCAGCUAAGAACAGCCCUGCUGCACCCACGCAAAAACGGAAACGAGCAAGAAAGAGGAGGAGUCAAGGAGCACCACACCCAUAUGGAUAAUACUGGAUGCUGAUUGGUGCCACUGUUACCAAGCUGUUGUUAUGUUUUUUUAUAUGAUUCUCUCAUACUUCCUUUUCUUGCUGCUGGGAGUAUAAUAAAGAAAGAGAAUGCAUAAUAGGAGCCUCCGUGUCUUUAAUAAAAUCCAAAGGCCACUACUCCAUACUAAUUCUUCUUGACCUCUCUGCUGCCUUUGACACUGUUGAUCAUACUCUUUCUUUAAACUCUUCAAUACCUUGGUCUCUGUGACACUGUCCUCUCGUGGUUUUCCUCUUUUCUCUCCCAACACUCAUUCAGUGUCUCCUUUUCUAAUGAUACCUCCUCCCCUCGUCCUGUCUCGGUUGGAGUCCCCCUAGGCUCUGUCCUUGGUUCCCUUCUAUUUUCUCUUUAUACUGUCUCUCUUGGCAAACUUAUUACCUCAUUUGGAUUCCACUACCACCUGUACACUGAUCACACCCAGAUAUAUCUCUUCUCCCCGUACCUCUCCCCUGCCGUCCUGCAACGUGUCACUGCUUGCUUUUCCUCCAUCUCUGACUGGAUGUCCUCCCGCUUUCUGAAAUUCAAUCUCUCUAAAACUGAGCUCCUUGUCUUUCCUCCUCCUAACACUGAUCCUCCUCUUUUGCUCUCCCUUCAGGUUAGUGGUACCCACAUAAGUCCAUCCUUGCAAGCGCGCUGUCUUGGUGUCAUACUUGAUUCUGACCUCACCUUUGAGCCUCACAUCCAGUAUGUUGCCAAAUCCUGUAAAUUCCAUCUCAACCUCUACCUUACAUACCUGUCUCUUGCUCUCUCCUAAAGAGCAGCACAUUACUCUCUCCUCAAGCUCUGCUUCACUCCCACCUUAUUUGAUUGCUAUUUCCUGUCCUAAUGUGUUUUAUACCCCACCUCCUAUAGACUGUAAGGUCGUUCGAGCAGGGUCCUCUUAAACUUAUCGUUCCUGUAAGUUUUCUUGUAGUUGUCCUAUUUAUAGUUAAAUCCCCCCUCUCAUAAUAUUGUAAAGUGCUACGGAAUCUGUUGGCGUUAUAUAAAUGGCAAUAACAAUAAGUAUAAUAAUAAUAUGGGCAUAUUUACUAAAGUGAGAAUUCUUGGGAAUUAAAGAAAGGGAAUUUUAAAUUUAAGGCCACAGUUGCUGAACUAGAAGAACAGCUGACUGAGAAUUUUUUUGGUUUAGCUAAAUUGGACUUAGAGGAACACUCCAGACACCAGAGCAACUUAAUCUAAAUUAAGUUGUAAUGGUGCCUGGAGGCCCCCGGGCGCAUUCUUACAAAGUUCCCUCUAGCACCAAUCUCAGCUCCCCCCGGAGGCACCCAGCUUCUGAUAUUUUAGAUUCACAAAGCGGGGAAUGCCGAUGGCCAGGAACACUGUAUUUCCAAGCCAGGUUUGUGAAUGGGGAGUCACUGAUUGGUUGAGAGCGUCAGCAACUCACUUUCAGCCAAUCAAUGGUGCCCCUGCCCGGUUGCACUCCGCACUUUCUGAAUCUGACAUUUCAGAAGCCGAAUGCCACCGGGAGGGAGCUGAUAUCGGCGCUGGAGACAACUUCAGGGUUAAAUCGUUCGAAAAUAGUUUUACCCCUGAAAGUAAGAAACAUAGAAACAUAGAAUGUGACGGCAGAUAAGAACCAUUCGGCCCAUCUAGUCUGCCCAAUUUUCUAAAUACUUUCAUUAGUCCCUAGCCUUAUCUUAUAGUUAUGAUAGCCUUAUGCCUGUCCCACGCAUGCUUAAACUCCUUUAUUGUGUUAACCUCUACCACUUCAGCUGGAAGGCUAUUCCAUGCAUCCACUACCCUCUCAGUAAAGUAAUACUUCCUGAUAUUAUUUUUAAACCUUUGUCCCUCUAAUUUGAUACUAUGUCCUCUUGUUGUGGUAGUUUUUCUUAUUUUAAGAAUGUACCUGAGGGCCUCCUGGCACCAUAACAACUUAAUUGAGUUAAAGUUGUUUUGGUGCCUGGAGUGUUCCUUGGAAUUUUAAAUUAUUUUUCAGUUCACUUUGAAUUCCUGACUAUUAAAUGUAUUUAACACUAACACCGUUUAGUGAAUAACCCUAUAAGUGUCUGAAUCUCUCCUCUUAGUUUGGAAGAUACACACGGUUAUAAGAAUUGUUGAAAAUUCUAAGUGAAUUUCAAUUAAAGGCCAAAAAAGCCAAACUGGAAAAAUUCACCCAGUCAAUUAUACAUUCAGAUCAGCUACUAUGACCUUAAAUUUGAAAUUCACUUUGAAUUCACUAUGAAUAAUUCUCACUGUAAUAAAUUACCCUGUUUGUGCACAUGCAUCACACUGUACAUUAUGCAUGCAACAUCACCCGCUUUUGGCAGGUCAGGACCAAUUUUCAGGAGUCUUGUCCUGCGGUUGCAAUUUAGUUUACUGGUGUCCAGCAUCCCGGGGUACCAGGGCACUGUCCUUCUGCCUCUCAGCGCAAGCGCAUCAUUAAACACAGUGGGCACUAGGACCAUGCAAUAAAGAAAGGCUGAACUUGAUGGAUUCUUGUUUCCUAUCAGUAUAUGUUUAAACAUAUAAAAUAAACAUAUACUGUAUUGUGAUCACUAUUUUGUUUAACACAUUCUACUUAAUAGGUACUGUACAUAGGGAAAGCUAUUUCCCCCCCCUGAUAUUGAACAUUUGUGUAGCACCGCCUGCUGGAUGCAAUCCAGAUUAGCAGACAGCUCAGACUAGUUUCAGGGGUGGGAUGUAUUUCAGUUAUUUCCCUCUAAUUGGCUGCAUGUAACAUGUCACGCCUUGUGGGUAAUUUAAAGCCAAACAGUCAGCUGCACUGAGUCAUUGGUCUGUGAAUUGCCUGAGUGUAAGUGAGUUUCUGGUUUGUUUGAAUUAUAGCAUAUUCAGUACUGGUUUGCUUCUCCCCUCCCUUGUUGGUUGGUGAUCAUGUUCUGGGAUGUCCAGACACCAUUAGCAUUAUUAAAAAGGUUAGUGUAGUGUGUGGAAUUUUGGUAAGUACAUCCCUUCACAGUGUGUCUUUAAUAUGUAUCUCUGGAUGAGACUUAAACCACUACAAUAAGGCUUCAGGUAUGAUGUGCUCUAUACCAUUACUACAAGAAACCUCUUUUUCUGUAUAGCCAGCAUUAGUUUGUAACUUUUUUUUUUUUUUUUUUAAUCUGUUAAACUAGGGUCUCUAUACUGACCUAGUGGGUGACCAACUAACAUUGCUUCUUGUAUUAUUUGAUUCUGUCCUGCCCCUCAAAAUACAGUGAAGCAUGUUGUUAUUUUGAGUUUCUGGUUGUCUACUUUCUAGGAAUUAUUAUUUUUUUUUUUUUUUUGUUUGUUUUUCCUACAUGAAAGCUUGUAUAUUUUUAAUUUUCUCUUUGCAACUUCAUUAUUUAAAUCUCUCCCUGAUCAUAUUGACAGGAUGAGAGAUUUAAAUGGUAUCUGUCUGUCCAUAAUGUCUGUUUUUUUUUAAAAUUUUAUUAUUUAUUUAUUUAUUUUGAGACCGCACAUAAAACUUUCUCUGUUGUGGUUGGUAGAAAACAAAACUAGAAUUCUGUCGUUCUUAAACAGGGCUGGCCUUUAACCCCUUAAGGACAUGUCAUGAUUUCCUUUUAUUCCAGAAGUUUGGUCCUUAAGGGGUUAAAAGCUUUCAAAUUGUGCAGAUGCACAGGGGCACCUAAUUGCUGACAAAGAUUGCAACAGCAGUAGCCACCUUAAGGCACUCUGGCGGGGUACCUUAUAUCCAGUGUUACUCCGUAAAAAGUGCAACUAUUAUUUCAUAUAUUGAUAAUUUGUUUGCCUGCAUUCCACAAUAUCCUUUCCCUUGCAGUUACGGCCCUCUAUUAGGGAGUCAGAGUGCAGCUGAGGGAACGUAGUAACUAAGGUUAGGGAGUACGGUUACAGGGUGACUCCUUUCAGAUGCUGGCAACGAAGCCAACAUGUCUCCUUAAUAUGGGAAGUUCUUCAUGUUUGGAGAAGCAGGUCAAAUCACAGAAGGCUGCUGGAGGAGCACAAGCAGAACAUAGGAGGAUGUUAAAUGGAGAGCAACACCCACAAAGUUUAGAACACCUUGGUGCUGGAUCAGAGAUGUAAAUUUCUUGAACACUUACAGUGAAUACAUGAUGUAUCUUUGUGAUACGUGAUGUAUUAGGGGGUGUUUUAGGUUGUCUGUAAAAACUGGUGACAGUCUCACUUUAAAGCACAAUUCCACACCCCUAAAGCACCUCUGCUUGCUGAAGUGGUUUAUGGGUGUGGAGUAUCCCAUAGUGACAGUUUUAAAAAGUGCCGGUUUCUAUUCGAAAUAGACUUCUUUAUAAACCGAGGAGUUUCUUCCUGCUUCUGUUGGCUCACCUGAGCAAACAUAAGUGCAGCCUCUAUUUGAGUGCUCCUGCCUCCCCUACCUCAGACCAGGGUCCAAUAUGAUGCUUGUAUGCACACAGCAAAUGAGAAGCUAUUCCCCUGUGACUGAACGUAAGUAGAACUGGCACUUUUGAAAACUAUUUUACACUAUACCAUCAAAUUAUUGCAUAAAGCAUACAAGUAUUCAUUGGAGAUGUAUCUGCUAAACAGUGAUUUUCCCCUCCCCCCAUGUAGACAGUGGAGUGUUCCUUUAACUCCUAAAUGGUUGAGAUUCGAACUGUAAGAUUGCAGAGGCAUGCUCUCUCCUCGACUGCACUGCAUAGAACCAAGGUUUAGGAGAUAGUCAGCACUCAAGGUCUUUUAGAAAAAUAAAGGAUCUUUAUGGUAAUUUCCCAAUAGUGAACGUUUCAGUUCACGCAGGAACUUUCAUCAGGACAAAGUAUAUUCUAUAUCUCUCACUCGACACUCCAAUCCCUUGAUCUCAAUUAAAUGGUCUCAGUGCAAUGCCCUUGGUGUGUGGGGUUUUUAUGUGCAGAGUUUUGCAGCGCAUGAUCUCUAGCUUUCAGAUGCUUACAUAUUGGGAGUUAAUACAUUUCAGUCUCAGGCAGGAAUGUUGAGACCAGUGCACUAUGGUAGAGUGCAAAAAUAAAACUACUUAUUCCACACCGGUGGGCUCAACAUCCAUGGUUAGUGCAAUAAUUCAGUGUUGGGAAUGCAAACCUGUAUUCAUAACACUAUAGUGUUACUUUAAAACAUUGCAAGAUUAUACACCUUAAUGGACCACUCUAGGCACCCAGACCACUUCAGCUUAAUGAAGUGGUCUGGGUGCCAGGUCCAGCUAGGGUUAACCCAUUUUUUUUUUUUUUUUUAUAAACAUAGCAGUUUCAGAGAAACUGCUAUGUUUAUAAAUGGGUUAAUCCUUCCUCCAAUUCCUCUAGUGGCUCUCUCAUUGACAGCCGCUAGAGGCGCCUGCGUGAUUCUCACUGUGAAAAUCAGUGAGAGCACGCAAGUGUCCAUAGGAAAGCAUUGUAAAUGCUUUCCUAUGAGACCGGCUGGAUGCGCGCGCAGCUCUUGCCGCGCGUGCGCAUUCAGCGGAAUGGGAGGAGAAGAGGAGAGCUCCCCGCCCGGCGCUGGAGAAAGUAAGUUUAACCCCUUCCUCUCCCCAGAGGCGGGAGGGGGACCCUGAGGGUGGGGGCACCUCAAGUAGUGUUUUCCUGGUACUAUAGUGGUCCUUUAAGACUUCCUGACUGCCACUAGAGGUGUUUCCAACUCCAGAACAGAGUGAAACUCUGUCCUGCAUUCAAAUGCUGCUCAUGGCAGUGACAUUUGGUCGCGCGUGAGUGUCUCCAAUACAGUUGUGGUGUGUUUUGAGACUAGGCUGCCAAUCUUCAAAUGCAUAAAAAAAAAAACUCUCAAGCACUCAUUGUGAUAGAUUUAAGCAGAUUUAUUGGACACCGUAAUUUUUUUUACCUGUACCCAGGUCUUUAUCAAGCUUGCGGUGUCCAAUAAAUCUGCUUAAAGGGAUUCUAUACUGCCAGGAAAACAAACCAGUUUUCCUGGCACUAUAGGGUUAUUAGGUCGCCCCCUUCAGCCACUUACCUUAAUCCGGCACCAGGCUCCCUCGGCACUGGUGACCUCAGCUCCUGAUUUGAAGCCGCGUGGGCAUUCAAACUGCCCAUAGGAAAGCAUUCCUAAUGCUUUCCUAUGGAUGUACAACAUGAGUUCAAUGAGACUUUUCACACUAAGAAUCGCGGAAAGACUGUCGGGUAGACUGCCACUAGAGCCUCAAUUAACCCUGCAAUGUAAACAUUUCUCUAAACUGCUAUGUUUUCAGCUGCAGGAUUAAAACUAGAGGGACCUGGCACCCAGACCACUUCACUGAAGUGAACUGGGUGCCUAUUUUUUUUUUCAUAAUUUGGUAUUUAACUUUCAAAUGUAUUGGUUAUGUCCACUGUGUUUGUAAUUAUCUCUUCUGUGAUGUUCUGGCUUGCUAUUUAACAAUAUCACUCUAGUUGUAGUAGGGUGUUUUUUUUUUUAUUUUAACUUUUUUUUUUUUUUUUCUCAAUGAAAUGUUUGUUUCCUGUUUUUGAGUAGGUUCAAGUGGUGUUUUUUUUUGUUUGUUUUUUCUGUACGACUGAAGCCAAAAUGCCAACCGCAAAUGAGACUGAUGACCGGAUGAAGAAGUUUAAGAACAAAGGCAAAAAUGCAGACGUAAGUGUUCUGGGCUAAAUUGACACUAAGUUGUAGUAGUUUUGUGUAGACUUUAAACUCACUCACACUUUACUGUUGUGUUUUUGGUUUUAACAUCUUGGUUACUCCCAAAACUAUUUCUCUUCCAUAUCAAUCUGCUAAGACUGACUAAAUCUAAACGUCCUAUUAAUACACUUUUCUCCUAGCAUUUAAGAUUUUCUUGGACAGGUAUUGGCUUAAAACUGAAACUCCUCCUUGGAGAGAUAUUAUGGCCCAGAUUAUCAGUUUGACAUGGGAAAAAUAUUUAUGUAAUUAACUCAAUGGCAGAUAUAUCUGGCGGUCCUGGAGUAAAUAUGGUAAACAGCUGGGGAUGCCCGAUCAAGGAACUCAAUGACAUUACUUGUGGAGUGUCAGAAUUGUAGCGGAGUCAUAGUCCUAGCAGGGACUCUCCUCCGCUGGUUACUCCAAAAUAUACUCGAACAGCCAAACACAGUAAAAUAAUCUAGGAAUCUCCCACCUCAUCCCCAGCAGCUGGAUGACACUGAGCUUUGGGGGUAUAACUGGUUUUAAUGGAGCCACACACUGCCUUUUAGGUGAAUCUCUCCAUGCAAGAGGUUUCUUUUUUUUUUUUUUUUGUUAAUCAAGUUUUAUUGAAUAGCAGUGAAAACAGUACUGUUGGGCACGCAGGCCUGCAAUAAUAGGAUUUGAGUACAGUGUGAAAACCGUAGAGAUUCGUACAGGUAUAACAUUCAAUAAGGAAAACAGUGUUAUGUUCAAUAACAAUUUACAGUAACAAUUUGCCACUUAUAACCACUCGUAAAUUUCAGGUGCGUUUUCGUUCUCUAGAUGGAGUGACGGUGCUACGGCACGUGAGAGUUGUGUGAUGGCAGUGCCUUGGUGUCUAAGGCUAGGGUUGUGUGAAUAGUGUGUUGUAUGUGGUGUUCAUAGGUUCGUGUACCCGCCUGUGAGUAGGGUCUGCCAUUUUGUUGUUUACUGCAAAAGCGUGUCAGGGUGCGUGAUGUCACAGUAGUACCCAGUGUAAGAGAGGUACAUAUGGUAGUGAUGUGUAUAUGUAGUACAAAGCGCCAAAGUAUGAGGAGAACAUGCCUUGGGUUCUCGGGCUCGUGAUGGCACCCGGGUGUAUGGUCACAGCGUGUGAUUAGUAUACAUCUCUAUAUAGAUCGUAAGCAGGAAUAAUUAAUUACUUUGUCAAAGUCAGUUUACGGUCAGUGUUAUGUUACAGUAGGGACCGUGGUCUUCAGGAGGGAUGCGGUGAUGCCACGCCCUGUUAGAUAUCCGCAUGUAGCCUAUCCAGGCCUUCUACAGCGAGGUCCUCAUGGGAAACUCUAUAUGUAUGGUUCCCCUGAAUUUGCUUUUCUUCAGGUUUCCAGUGUGAGAGGGUGUCAUGGUGUGUUGUGUCACGGCUCGGCCCCAAGAGUCAGAGCUUGUAUGCUAAUGGUAUGCAGGCCUGGUUCGGGUCCCGAAAUCAAGGACAGGGAGAGCAUGGCGUGGGCCAGUGCAGGCCCGAGCAGGCCCUGUUAUAUUAGGGGUCAUGUCACUCGUCUGUGUGAUUGUGUAGCAUCUACCUCCAUCACUGAGGCCAACUGGGUGUAGCGCCCUUAAGUCGGAAGGGGUCAGCGUGUCUUGGGGACAGUGGUUGAGCUCCCCUUGAGUAGUGUUGUAUCCGCAUGCCGUCUCUAAGCGUCUUGGGAUGUGAUUCCCUUCCUGAUCAGGGCUAUGUGAACGGUGCGGGGGCGUAAUGACUAUGCCUGUCAGUGCCUUAGAGGGGUCCGAAAUCCCAGUAUGUAGUGUGGGUAUAUCGCAGGGGCCGCACCGGCGCCCAGACCCCGAACCGGCACCCCUCCCACUACCCCGCGCGGAAGGCAAACCACGGCGCCACGGUACCUCUGUCUUCUUCCAAUACAAUGGUAUGAGUGAUUUGGCUGCGUUCAACAGAUGUCGCAUAAUAGACUUUUUGUAGGCGGGCAGUGGUUGCGAGGAGACAUGUAGUAAGGCUAGUUCAACCGACCACUCAGUGUCAUUGCCGAGGAUCAGUCGGACGUCAGAUUCGAUCUGGUCCCAAUAUGGAGUGAUGAGUCUGCAUUCCCACCAGAUGUGCAAAAGCGUGCCCCUAUCGUCCAUGCAUCUCCAGCAUGUUGGUGGGGUAGUGGGGAAAAUUCUAUGAAGUAGUACCGGGGUCCUAUACCACAUAGAGAGCAGUUUAUAGUUCACCUCCUGGUAGCGUGAACUAGAGGAGCUUUUGUGCUGCCAUAUCAAGGCUUUGUCCCAUUGUGUUGGUGAGAAUGUUUUGGUCAUUGCCUCCUCCCAGCGUUGCUGAAACAUAUAUUAUUCUCCGAGGUGGAAUCAGUCAGCAGGUAUUGGUAUAGGUUCGAGAUAGCCUUUCCAAGUGGUCUGCCCUGAGUACAGAGGCCCUCGAACCAUGUGAGAUCUCUCUGUAACCUCUCCUUGUGGGGCAGCGAGUCGUGGAAGUGUUUUAGUUGCAUAUAGCGAAGAACUGUCAUCGGGGACCGCGGUCGAUUUCCCAGCAGCAUGUCCAGGGUGUCUAGAAUGCCAUCUCAGGUGACCUUGUGAAUCGGGGUGUAUUCCGCAUCCCCUAGGAAUGACCAGGCUUCCGCCGGCAGGCCGCCCCCUAUAUCGGGGUUGUGUGUGAUCGGUAGUAGGGGGCAGAGGUUUCUUGACACAUACUCCAGGGGCAUUCCCCACUGGACCUGAGAGUAGACUGAAACAAAAUACACAACAUAAUUAUAUUAAAUGUCAGGUCCAGGACAUAUACAGUAAUAACACCCUCAAAACAUACAGUUAACAAUAACAUUCCCCCUAAAGUCCUAUAUCCCUGAAUAGCCUGGAUCUGAGCGCCCAAAAUAUCCAAAAAGCGCUCAAAUCCCACGAACACAGCUGAAAUGCCACUGGGGUAUAGUUUAGACAAUCUUUCAGCAGUACAAAACCUACUAAAACUAACGAAUGAACUGUUCGUGCGUACGCUCGUCUCAUGUAUAUUGUACGAGGGUGCUCCCAACGCCACUCUGUUCGUAUGGAUUCCACCAAACAUAACCGGAGGUGAAAGUCCCAGUGGUGUUAAAGCCACAGAGUGUCGGAUUUUUAGUUCCAUACACUUGACGACCAAACACAGGUGUCUGUUCAUGGUUAAAGAGGGCCGUGGCCACCCAGCCGUUGCUUAGAAUGUUAGUUUUAUUGCGGUUUAUGGAGGUGUUAACCGAGGUUACUGGGGUCAUCAAGCAGAUAGAUAGAUAGAUAGAUAGAUAGAUUAAUUUUUUUUAUAUAUAAACAUAGCAGUUUCAGAGAAACUGCUAUGUUUAUACUGAGGGUUAAUCCAGCCUCUAGUGGCUGUCUCAUUGACAGGCGCUUGCGUGCUUCUCACUGUGAAAAUCAGUGAGAGCACACAAGCGUCCAUAGGAAAGCAUUGUAAAUGCUUUCCUAUGCGACCGGCUGAAUGCGCGCGGCUCCUGCUGCGCAUUCAGCCGAUAACGUCGCGAGCAAGGAGGAGGAGUACAGCUCCCCGCCCAGCGCUGGAGAAAGGUAAGUGUUUAACCCCUUCCUCUCUCCAGAGCCCGGCGGGAGGGGAUCCCUGAGGGUGGGGGCACCCUCAGGGCACUAUAGUGCCAGGAAAGAGUAUGUUUUCCUGGCACUAUAGUGGUCCUUUAACUCAAUUAUCUCCCAAGCAGAGGGGAGGAUUCCUAUUGUAAUAAGUGGGUGUGAUUAUCAAUGUGCCUUUAUCGGAUUGGUUGCCAAAUGUACAGUUUCAGUGCCCCACAAGGUCCACGUGGGUGGAAACCUUGCUGGGAAACUUGCAUAUAAACUGGAAUAAACGCUCAUUGGAGUCAGUUCUUCUUCACCCUCAUUCUAGAGUCCUGUCUCUUAUAGGGAGUAACCAGCUAUAUCACUACAAGGGAUUGCUAUGCUCUGCAUGCUUCCUUGGAUAAUCCCUUCUAAGAGCUUGUUCCUGUUUUCCCUCUCUUGGAGAGGUUCACCCAAUGGAGCCUUGUUGUAGGUCCAGGGUGGGUAGGAGACGGCGAGACCCCAACCAAGCUACGGUGGUUGUGGUGUCUGGCGGAGCACUUGGAGCCCUCUGGAAGAGAUAGGAGCAUCCAGUAAUGGAGGUACCCAGUCGGGUUGCCAGGCGGUCCGUUACAGAGACACAUUACACAUGCACACUAACCACUUUAAUAAUACAUUUUUAAAGGAAUACUCCAAACAGAACUGUGGUGAAGAUGCCUCCUCCACAUGUUCCUGGAGGGGCCUGCUGGCUAGCCUCCUGCCCAAGACUAUGGGACAUAAUAAAGUUGACUUCCAUGGAAAAUCUGAACCAAUCUGCGUGAUUUGUUUUUGGAUAUAAUGGUUACUCAGAUCAGAGCCAUCGGGGAUGUGACUCCACGGGAGUGGUUUCCACGGAUUUUGGUGUUUUGUGAAAUUGGUUUUUCUGUACCUGGAGAUAAUUGAGUUUGCACAGUUCCUGACUAGUGAUGUCGCGAACUCGCCACGAACCGUUCGUGGCGAACUCCAGUCAGCUGACACAUCUCUGGCAGACCCUCCCUCCCAGACCCUCCUACUUCCUGGACAGCAUCCAUGUUGAAGGCAGCUUUAACAUGGAUGCUGUCCAGGAGGUGGGAGGGUCUGGUAGGGAGGGUCUGCCGGCGAUUGGCAGGGAUGUGUCAGCUGACCGGAGUUCGUGGCGAAACGCUCGCGGCAAGUUCGCGAACGGUUCGCGACAUCACUAUUCCUGACUCCAUUAUCUCUCAGGCACAGAGGAGUAUGUUGAAUGUAUUGCUUGUAUGGGCCUCUCCCCCUUUUUAUUUUAUUUAUUUAUUUUUUUCCUAUCCUAUUUCCCCAGUAGGGCAUUGUCCCAGGGACACUGCCAGACCAGUUUAAACUAGCUGCUUUGUCCCUCCUUAAUCUCUCAUCAGCCCUUGCUAUUGUCUGUCCCCACCCUUCCUUGAACUAUAGUGCUCUAUGUACCCAAUUGUAUGUAAAUUAGGCUGUUGGUGGUAAAUCGUGUAUAAAUUGUUAGUGCUUGCCUGCAUUAAACAAAACUACUACCAGCAUUAAGUCUCGGCUAAUGUGUGAGACUCGCUAUAAUUAUUAGCUAUACUCUGGAGGAGAGGUCUACCCAUUGGGAGAUGGAUCCAGGACUUGGAUCCAGGGUGGGAGGAGACGGCAAGAUCCCAGCCAAGCUGCGUCUGCCUAAGGCCUCACGCUACAUGGGCCUCGUGGCUGCCUAAAUUGCCUCAGGGCAGGCUACCAUGUCGGGUCUUCAGUCAGAGACCGAGGACCCGACACAGGAAGGGGCCUGGCAGCUUUCUCAUAAUGCCGUCGUGUGUGUGAGGCCUCUCCAGUCAAAGGAGAGAGCCAGCCUCCUGUCCGCAGCUCCGCCGGGAGUGAGCUGUAGACUGAAGUGUCUCGCGAUCUCCCGCCGGUCAGAGCGUUGUCGCGGGUUACCACGGCAAUGCUCUGACUGGAGAUCACGUGGUCUGCCGCUCGCUCCUGGCGGAGCUGCAGACCAGAGAGCCAGACCACUGGGGAGGGAGGUCACCCCAGGACCUAUUUAUGAACUCCCAGUCACUGCUCCUCCAACUCCCCACCCCUUGUUACUGCCCCUCCAUCCUGCCUGCCCCCUAUCACAGGCCCUCCUACCCACUGUCUCAGCCCCUCCAUUUACAGCCGCCCCUCCUGCCCCCUUACCCUCUCACAAUCUCCACACCUGUCCUGUCACAGCCACCUGUCACAGUCCUGUCACAACCCACCUUUCUGGCUGUGGGAUCACAGCCUCCCUCCACACAGUGUCAUCGCAUGCACACAUUGUCACCAUUUCCAAAAACUUUCAGCCCCCACACACUGUCUCUCUUUACCCAGCCACACUCACAUCCUGUCACUCACCCCCUCCAACCAUACCAAAGUCACCUGCCCUUGCUUUACCACAAUUACCCUAUCACAUUAACCCCCAUUAAUCCUGUCACUCACCUUCUCUUGCACUCACACACAGUCCCCAACCCUGUCACUCAUCCUCUCAGUCUGUUUCACUCACCCUCUUCACCCUACCACAUAAGCCCCUUCCAACUGUGCCACACUCUCCCCACAACCCUGCCACAUUAACCCCCUUAAUCUUGUCACUCACCUUCCCUCCUCCAAACAUGGCCCAUUCACCCCAACCCUGUGAUACACACCCAACUAUGCCACACGCAGCCUUUCACAUUAACUUCCUCCAAUCCUGUUACACUUACUUCAACAUGCCCUGUCACACUCCCUCCUCCAACCAUGUCCCAACCGUCCCCCUAAUAUUCUCACCAUUCCUCAUUCUGUUACACCCACCCCCCAUUGUCUCAUUUACCCCCUCACCCUGCCACAGUUACCCCUUUACUUCCCUUGUCGGUUACAAACUGAAGACCUUAAUCCUACACACAUGCAGCCCCCAUAAACACUUCACACCGCAAGCAGCUACCCCAGACACAUACUCCAUAAAGACUUACAUUCACACACAAGGAUACACUCGGUCAGACACACACUUUCAUGCACAUACACAGGUAGACAAUGCCACACACUCAAAUACACACACUGGCAGUAAUCAUACCCCGCAGUAGUGUAUAAAUAAUUAGCAUAAUUGCUAAUUACAUCUGUUGCAAAUUCAUUGUUUGUAAAUUAUGCCAUAACUUUUUUUUUGUUUAUUUUUUUUUUUCACUUUGGGUGUUAGUGGGGGGGGCCUCAUAUCUGAAUUUUUGCCUAAGGCCUCACAAAGUGUAGACCUGCCACUGGUCCUGGACGUGCUUAUAGUGUCCUGGUGAAGUGCUUAUGGUAGCUUGGUGAUAACUCAGAAGUGUUUGGAGGAGGUACCCAGUCGGGGUAUCAGGCGGUCUGCCACAAUAACUACUAGAGCUUGUUGUAGUGUUUAUGGUAUCUGGAUUACCCUGUUACCCUCGGACAGUAAUAAAUAAAAUGUUGUUUUAACUUUUUACUUGGACACCAACCCCACCAAUUAUGCCAGAGAGAUGUACAUUCCUAUGCAGACUGUUGGCUCUCCUCCACUAAGCCCUGCAUUGCAUUGUUCCUUUAAACUACCACUGGCUUAUGUAUGGUAUUUUAACUGAAAACUUUGGGUAUCAGAAUUAACUACAUUGGUUCUUUUAGUGUAACUGUCUGUGGUAAAACAAAGCUGAUCAUGCAAGAUUGAACAAAUAUAACUAUUGCCUAAUGAUCACAGCCUCAGUGGGCAAUAUUAGAGCAGGUGUCACUUUCCAGGGUCUCUGCCUAUUUUGCAAAGACCCAUAAUGGUGACAUUGCUUUUUGGGGUGUGGCCCAGGAGUCCAGCGGAGUUGUACUUGCUUAAUAAUAGCUGCCUUUUGGGUGUCACACUCCUAGGGCAUUAGAAGCACUCGGGAGAAGACCGAUGACCACAUCAGUACUGUACUCUCGCACAUGUGCAAGAGUAAAACACUAUGGUAGCCCCCAUACAUUUCACAUCAGAGCAAUGGCUGUGGGAAGUGGUGCAAUAAUGUCUAUUGUGAAGUUUUUUUGUUAAAGUAAGAUUAGAACCUAUAAACUAGUCCCUAAGGCAUGAAUGUAUGAUUUCUGUUUUGGGUUACGUCAAACAAAUUUUAAACCGACUAAUCACAGGGAUAUCAUCCAUAACAUCUGCGUCAGAACUGUUGCAGUCAAAUGUAGUUAUGGUGGUUGUAUGCAUUAUCUAACAAAAAUAUCACUUUUGCAAGCUUAAAUUAAUCUCUACAUUGAAAUGCUGAAACUUGUGUAAACAUAAUUUGGUCUAUAAAUAUUGAAACUGUCAUUAUGAUUGGACAGAAUUGUACAGUGUAUAUAAUCUCUUGUAGGAACUGAGACGUCGGAGGGUGGAAGUCAGUGUGGAGCUUAGGAAAGCAAAAAAAGAUGAACAGAUCUUGAAGAGAAGGAAUGUCUCUAGUUUUCCAGAGGAACAUCCUUUAUCUCCAGAGCAGAAAACAAACUCUGUGGUGAGUCACACUGUUGAUAUUUUUGAGGUGGGAGGGUUUCAGAAAAACAUUUUUCAAUCAGCAGAAGGAGUGUUCUCCUGGCGGUUGGGUUGAAGGGUGACAUAUGCAGUAAAGGGGUACAUGCUGCAACCAAAACUGCACAGGAUUCACACAGGCCACCUGAACUCUGGUUCCAUGCUGGGUAAUAAUACCUCAAUGAUUCCACCAGAGAUGGAGUUACACCUCCCAGGCUCCCACAGCAGAGGAGUUAAACUGUGCUCUUUCAUAGUGAAAUGUGGUGCACAGACUGUGAGCACCAGGACCACUUGAAAGUAGUGAUCUUUUAAAUGUUAUCUUGCUAAAGGGGAAAGCAGUCUUCUGUGCUUGGAUAAUAUUUGUAGAAUCGGAGUCUACCAGGGAAGGGGAAAUCUUUAUUUUUUUUUUUAUUCUUUGUGGAAUACAAACUUCUGAUAUUUUAAUCUGUAAAAGUUUUGGAGGAGUAUCAACCCUGGUUGUCUUGAGGUGAGUCAGCAGGAAUGUUAUUUCUCAAUUUUUUAUUUUUUUUUCCCUCAAAUGGUGUGCACAUUCAGUUCAUGAAAAUCUACCUGGUAAUAUAUUAUGGGACAGUCUCUUAACCACUACACAAAGCUGUAGUUUUUCCGGUGCUAAAUGUCUCUUUAACUGAUGCCUUGUAACCAUAUGUUGCAGUUAGACCAUAUGACCCAAGGACCUUAUCAAAAAGCCUCCUUUGUGUUCUGUGUGUAUAACAUGCCUUAGAUCUGCAGUGACUAAGGACAUAUCAGUCUCCUAGAACUCUUGAAACUAUUUUAGAUGCUUUUAAAGCAAUUGUCAUUGGCAACUGAAAAUUCACCGCUGGGUGUGCUAGAGACCCAAAAGACGUGCAGUGGUGAGUAACUCUAAGGCCUGUCUUGUAGCAUAGGACUUUCAUAUAGGAUAUUUGAGCCCAAAUUUAAAAAAAAAUAAAUAACUUAAAAUGUGGUGACAAUAGAGGGGUCAUGUACAGACUGCACAAGUAAACUAGCUUUUCAUGUAUCUUGCAAUUUCAUAUCUUGCAGGCAUUGCCACUAUCUCUGGAUGAAAUAGUGCAAGGAAUGAACUCUGGAAAUGUUGACCUUGAACUGAAGAGUACACAGGCUGCAAGGUACCUCUCAGUUGCUAACUAUGGGAACACUGGGUCUAUGUAAAACUUAAAGGAGCAGACUAAGCACUAUAACAGCCAGCAGGAAUUAUGGUGACUUUUUUUUUAUUUAUUUAUUUAUUUAUUUAUUUUUUUUUUUUUUAGUAAGCAGUCAAAAUUUUGACCGGUCUGAUACUUCACAUUGUUUCCCUGGCUCUAGGAGUCUUGUCAUCUAUUCAGAUAUCCCUGCAGUGGAAGUAUAGUGAUAUUUAUUCAAUCUCUCUUGAUGAAAUGCAGCUGAUUCUAUCAGCCAACUAAUUCCAUUCAAAUAGGGUUGCCAUCUUUUGUGUAACCUGUUUACUUGAUUUUGUGUGUCUGUAGGUGUUUUUUGUUUUACAAUUGUUUUUAUUUAUUUUUUUUUUAUUUUUUUUCACCUAAGGAAAAUUCUGUCUCGUGAGCGGAACCCUCCUCUCAAUGAAAUCAUAGAGGCUGGGCUUAUUCCAAAGCUUGUGGGGUUCUUGAGCCGCAAUGAUAAUCCCACCCUACAAUUUGAAGCAGCCUGGGCUCUAACAAAUAUAGCUUCUGGUACUUCUGAUCAAACUAAAUCGGUAGUGGAUGGUGGUGCUAUUCCUGCUUUCAUAUCUCUGGUAUCGUCUCCAUAUCCCUAUAUCAGUGAACAGGCAGUCUGGGCAUUGGGAAAUAUUGCUGGUAAGACUUGCAGAAAUUCUUAAAAGUAUUUUUUAAAGGAAAUGUAGGUAUCAUGGGAUUUAGUAUUCUUACUCUAACACCCUCUUAUAGGUAGCUUAGCACCAUUUUUAUCCUCUUGUAACUAAAUGAAAAGGACCUCCUUCAUGACCAAAAGGAACUAUUGCCUGAAGUUGCCCCGCUAUGUUUAUUGCUCAAUGUUUAAAGUGAUUCUAUAGUGUUAGGAUUACAACAAGAAAAUUGGGGUACAUGAGGCCACAGAAUAUUGUUGAUACAAGACAUAUUUGACAGUACAGACAUGUGUAGUACAUAAUCCUACUUGGGGGAGUAAAGAACAAGCCAACUACAAAAGUAUAAGUAACAAUGACUAGCCAAAACAAGAUACUGUAACAUUGUAUGUAUGUCGUAUGCUGGCGAACAUAGAUCUAUUUUAAUCUUUCAUAGUGUGACUUUUAUCGUCUUAUCCUUGCACAGGUGAUGGACCAAUGUACAGAGAUGCUCUGAUUAACUGCAAUGUAAUUCCUCCACUGCUUGCCUUGAUUACACCCAAUACACCGGUAUGCAUUCUAGCUGACAUUUGCUUUUAUUUAGUCCUUGAACACGUUGUUUCUGAUAUUUUUAUUGAGUGAUGUCUCAGAUAUAAUGUAUUCAACUUCUGGUAGUUAAAGGUGUUGUUGCAACUGUUACACCAUUCAAAUAAAAAAAUAAUUAAAAAACCUGAUGGUCAAAGAAUGGUAACACAUUAUCCCAUCAUCAUUUAGGUGGCUUGCCCCUUAACCCCUUAGGGUUCAAACUUGCCUUAUUUCCAGCACAGUGCAGAUCUGCUGGCCCUGCCCCAAUCCUCAUUCUUGGUGACCUCUUCAGAAUUUACCAUUUAAUUUUAUUUUUAUUUUUUAAAUGUAUUUACUUUUCUGUCCAAUGCUUUCCCAUAGGGAUUGGAUUGGCUGAAAUUGGCCCUGUCCCCAUCCUGCCUCUUUGCCCAUCACUGGCUUGGCCAAUCAGCACCUCAUCAUAGAGAUGCAGCAAAUCAAUGUAUCUCUAUGAGGAAAACUCAGCGUCUCCAUGCAGAGACUGUGUAGCAGUGGCUAGUGGAGGUAUCCUUAUAGGGCAAUGUAAACACUGCCCUUUUCUCUUAAAAGGUAGUGUUUGCAUGAAAAUGCCUGCAGGGAAUGAUUAGUCACCAGAACUACAGCUUAAUGUAAUUGUUCUGGUGAGUAUAUAGUGCCCCUUUCAGUUACUAGCCUGGCCUAUAUUCCCUUUACCACUUCAAAGUUUAACACCAUUUUUGUUAUACAAUGUGUGCGUCGUAUGUCCAAGUGGAUGGAUGCUGGUGAAGUGUGUGUGGGAUUACAUGCCAAAGCAAUGUACACCUGGACUAAUCCCCCUGUGGGUAAUAACCCAAUAUUUUUGAGGUGAUAUUACACUCCACCUCCUGGUGAAAUUCAUUGGGUCAAUUUAGGAAAUACAGGAUUGCCAAACCUGGCAGAAUCAGAUCAGGAUAGGCCAUCCAUAAUCGAUCAGACCUUCCAAAGUCUGUAAGCAUUAAGUGUGUAAAUCGCUGUGCUAAGCAAUAAAAAUCAUAUGGCAAAUUUAUCAUUGCAGAUUGGCUAUCUAAGGAACAUUACCUGGACCCUUUCUAAUCUUUGCCGCAAUAAGAACCCAUAUCCACCUAUGUCAGCUGUUCUUCAAAUUCUACCAGUGUUAACACAGCUUCUGCACAGUGAAGAUAAGGAUAUUCUGUCAGAUUCAUGCUGGGCCAUAUCCUACCUCACUGAUGGCUCUAAUGACCGAAUUGAUGUGGUGGUAAAAACUGGAGCUGUUGACAGACUUAUUCAUUUAAUGCAUAAUAUUGAGCUAAGCAUUGUGGUGAGUUGGGUUUUUGUUUGGUGUAGGUGGUGGUUUUUUUUUUUUUUCCUCUCUUCAUGCUCUUUGUGCUGUUUACAAUCGGUCAUGCAAUCACGGCACAAUGAUGUAUUGAAAUGUAUCUACAUGACAUCCAAAAGUCCUUAAUCUGCAGUGCUGUUAUAUAUGAAAUGGUAAAUAAGCUAAACACAUUAAAGGACCACUAUAGGCACCCAGACCACUUCAGCUUAAUGAAGUGGUCUGGGUGCCAGGUCCAGAUGGGUUUAAUUUUUUUUUUUUUUUUUUUUUGUAAACCUAGCAGUUUCAGAGAAACUUAUGUUAACCUAUGGGUUAAUCCAGCCUCUAGUGGCUCUCAUAGACCGCCGCUAGAGGGCUUCUCACUGUGAUUCUCACAGUGGGAAGAUGCUUGCGUCCAUAGGAAAGCAUUGAGAAUGCUUUCCUAUGGACUGGCUGCGCGCGGCUCUUGCCGCGCAUUCAGCUGAAGAGAGGAGAGCUCCCCGCCCGGUGCUGGAGAAAGAGGUAAGUGUAACCCCUUCCUCGCCAGCCCGGCGGGAAGGGGACCCUGAGGGUGUUGGCACCCUCAGGGCACUAUAGUGGUCCUUUUUAAAGGUAGUUGCUAACUGGGAAGGUGGAGAUGAAGGUAAAUCACAGGUUUUAUGUAAUUCUUACAAAAAAGUAUUGGUGCACCAAUUGCCUGGCUCAUAGUGUAAGAUCAUUGUGUAUUCUGAAAUGAUCAGUUUGGUGCAACCUUUGAGCAAGGGAUAUUUGGCCAAAGUUUCUGGGCUAAAAGAGAUGGCUAUAAUAUAACAUCUCUCUUCAUGUGAUCUGUGGUUGCGUAUUUGCUUUAACAGAUGUUUCAAUAAACUCUGGAUUCUCUAAAGUGUAGUCUCUAGUGCUGAGGUUAAUUGCAGCUGGCAAUAAAUUGAGGUAAGGCAAAUUGAAAUCCAUUUUCCAAUUCAAAAUUCAUGUUUCUAGCAUCAAAGUCCAGUUGACAUGGUGAGGAUGGAAACCUAAAUUAAUGGGACUCUGAGCACCAAAACUUAAUUGUCUUUGGAUGCAGACUCCCUCCCCUCACAUGGUAUAGAACACAUACUUACUUUAACAAGAUUUGUGACGUCACCUGCUGGCUUUAUGUUGGUCCUUUAAAUUGUGAAGACAAUAAGCCUUAUUUCAGGUUAAUCUAUGGUUCUGAUACUCUUAACAUCAGGCGUUGGGUUUUGACACUCUAAAACUUUCUCAAAUAUGUGAACCAAUGGGUUUGUGGUAUUGCACAAGGUUUGAGUAUAUAAUGGGCAUAGUUCGAGUAAAAGGCCCACUAAUCUCUAAACUCAACCCGUUGCUACUGACUAUAUUACUCUGCCACCUAUGUAUGAAGCUUUACAUAGUUACACUUUGCAUCUACACAUUUUCCCCAGACACCUGCGUUGCGUUCUAUAGGAAACAUAGUCACUGGGACAGACAAGCAGACACAGGUAGCAAUUGAUGCAGGGGUCCUCUCCGUCCUACCUCAGCUCCUUCGACACAAUAAGCCAAGCAUUCAGAAAGAGGCAGCCUGGGCACUCAGUAACAUUGCUGCUGGAUCAUCCUCUCAGAUACAACAGAUCAUUACAUGUGGACUCCUUCCUCCACUUAUAGAUCUGCUAAAGAAGGUAAGCAGUUACUUUUCAAUGGAUUUGUCAAGAUACAAGAUGCUUAUUUUUUUAUUUUAUUUUUUCUGUAGAGCAAAUAUAAAGCAGAUAAAAUGGGUUUCAGUUGAUUUUGAAAAUGUAACUUUGCAUGUCACUUCUCUCAAAAUCUAAAGAAAAUUAGAUGGGGUGUGGUUGAGGUGGCUAAGUAAGUUUGGCAGUCCAUUCAGUGACAAAGGUCAGCUUUUAAAGACUUUGUUAAACCUCCUUACCAGCCUAGAUUAACACCCACCCGUUUGAGCUUCAUUAUCAGUGAUGCUUGGCCACCUAUUGGGGGGGGAAACCCUGGAAUCAUGGGUGAAAUAUUUAUCACUAAUGUCUGGAGUGCUGUGACUGGCCGUCCAUGUUCUAACAGUACUACACGUUUAAUAUUUUUUAUUUUAUUUUUUUGUUUCGCCCCUUCCCCUUCCCCUUCUCCUAUCCUCUAAUAUUUAGGGAGACUUCAAGGCACAGAGGGAAGCUGUGUGGGCAGUCACAAACUUCACCAGUGGUGGUACUGUGGAACAAGUAGUUCAGUUAGUUCAGUGUGGCGUCUUGGAACCAUUGCUCGAUCUCCUCACGGUUAAGGACAGUAAAACUAUUCUUGUAAUCUUGGAUGCCAUUACCAACAUAUUCCUGGUGAGUUAUGGAUAACUAGAACAUAAUCCUCACUUAUACGGCUUAAUUUUUCUGUCUUGGUUCUGGAGUGCUCUUGUGAUGGACUUUUUAUGAUAUUCUGAACAUAUUUGUGUUUUUAACUUUAGAAGUGCACUGCAUGUGACGAUAUUAAGUUUCUCUUCUAUUGUUCCAGGCUGCAGAGAAGCUUGAUGAGCUUGAAAAACUUUGUAUGGUAGUGGAGGAACUAGGAGGAUUAGAAAAGAUUGAAGCUCUUCAAACACAUGACAACCAUAUGGUUUAUCAUGCUGCUCUGGCUCUCAUAGAAAAAUACUUCUCAGAGGUAUCUACAAGUGUGUGUGUGUGUGUGUGUGUGUGUUUGUGUGUGUGUGUGUGUCCUCAUAGAGACCUGUUAAAGCAAAAUCAAGUAAUUGCUACUUGUAAGCAAUCGACAUGGAAACCAGUAAAAUGUCUGAACAUUAACACUAGGCGCAUUAAAUAGCACCUGUAUAUUCCCUUGAUAAAUCUCCCUUAAUAUUUUGUUAAAAUACAUUUUUAGACUUGAGUGGAUAAGUAUGAUACAACUUGUGAAAUGGCUUUGUAUAUAACUCUAGAUGUUUCUUAAAAAUUGUAAAAUAACUAAAGACUACUUGAAAUUGAGGGUUAAUAAGAUUACUGGAAAUGUGCUGCCCCACACACCUGUCUUAAGUAGCUUCAGCAGAUUCCAGAUGGGACAUCUGAGAUCUCUGUUCAAAAGAGUGCGGUUCUAGGAACAGCUAAGAUGCUGUGGCAAAGCCUAUGGUAGAGCACUAUAAUGAAAAACAAUCUUGUGCUUGUAUUCCACUAGAGGUGCAACUUGCCCCUAGCACACAAUAAAUAAGUAUCUGGGUGUGCAGCGAUUCAUGUUUAAAUGCUGCACAUCCAGAAGCCUACCACCAUGACCACUUAACCCCUUAAGGACCAAACUUCUGAAAUAAAAGGGAAUCAUGACAUGUCAUGUGUCCUUAAGGGGUUAAAAAAAAAAAAAGCAGAAUUGAUCAUGAUGGUUGGAAUAAUGAUUUUCAGCUGGAAUGAACAAAUCUAAUAUUGCCUGUGCUUCCUGCUAGUUGGGUAUAUUCCAUGGACCUACUUCACACAGUAGUGGUGCUCCUGAACCCUCCCAGGCGAGGUUAAAGGGACUCUCCAGGCAAACAAUUUUACUCGAAGAGACAAAAGUGGUAAACCGCGCCCAAACAGUGCAAAUAAUUAAAAUAUAUACAUACAGAGAGUCCUCUAAUUAGGAAUGUAUAAAACCUUCAAGGCAAAAAAGUACAGAACAAUAAUAGUGCAAUAGGUCAAGUGAAAUAAGAGUAUAUAAAAGCUUAUAAAAGACUCACUCACACUUUGCAGAGCUACUCAGAGCUCUGCCGUAUAGCGCCUAGACGGUAUAAUCCCGGUCUCAGGAUAUCAAGUGAUGGUAUAAUGCGGUAUCCAAUCCUCCACAGUGGUGUAUGGAAAGAUAAAAAUAGAAAUAAAAUCCAAUAGUGUAGUAUAUCUAUUAAAAAGUGUGCAAAUGUAUCAGGAACAAAUAAAGUAGUAAAAACUAUAACUUUAUUCUUUUUAUUACAUAUUUUUUAUUUUGUAACAAUAAAGUUAUAGUUUUUACUACUUUAUUUGUUCCUGAUACAUCUUGAAUCCUGACUUAUAUCCUUUGGUGGGGAUCAUACCAACACAUGCUGUCUAUACCAGAGCAAGAUAUUUGCUCUGAAAUUUGUAAGUAGGAUACUUUUCCUUUAUUUGCACACUUUUUAAUAGAUAUACUACACUAUUGGAUUUUAUUUCUAUUUUUAUCUUUCCAUAUACCACUGUGGAGGAUUGGAUACCGCAUUAUACCAUCACUUGAUAUCCUGAGACGGGGAUUAUACCGUCUAGGCGCUAUACGGCAGAGCUCUGAGUAGCUCUGCAAAGUGUGAGUGAGUCUUUUAUAAGCUUUUAUAUACUCUUAUUUCACUUGACCUAUUGCACUAUUCUUGUUCUGUACUUUUUUGCCUUGAAGGUUUUAUACAUUCCUAAUUAGAGGACUCUCUGUAUGUAUAUAGUUUAAUUAUUAUUUGCACUGUUUGGGCGCGGUUUACCACUUUUGUCUCUUCUGUUUUACUACUGUGAGCAGGUAUUGGGAAUUCCUGCUUGGUUCACUGCUGCCCACCUUUAGUUUAUUUAGUGAGCGCCUAACUCCUCUUUGUUGUAAACAAUUUUACUCACCCGGUUCCAGCGCCGGGAGCCUCAUGAAGCCGUGCCCCCUAUUUCGUCAAAAUGACGAAAUAGGCGGGCGUGAGCAGGGAGCAAUCAGACGCUUCCAUUUGGAAGCGUCAUUGCUCCUUGUGCGCAUGCACGGCUUCGCCGCACAUGCUUAAUGCCGCCCUCUGAAGUCCUGAGCGCACUACCGCGUGUGCGCGGCUGCGAGCUGAGCUGACAGCUCAGCUCGCGGUCUUUGCCCGCUCCCUCUCCUCUGCUGACAAGCAGAGAGAAGGCGCGCACACAGUGCCUUCUCUCUCUCCUGCACACGUCAGACGUAUUUUAAUAUGUCUGAUGUGUACAAGGCCUUUUUAGGGCCCUGCAUGAUAGGAAGUCCCUCUGGUGGCUGUCUGAGUGACGGCCACUGGAGGUAUUCCUAUCAAUGUAAACACUGUAUUUUCUCUGAAAAUACAGUGUUUACAUUAGAUUGCCCGCAGGGAGCUAUAGAUCAUACCUGAACUAAAUUAAGCUCUAGUUGUUCAGGUAACUAUAGUGUCACUUUAAGUAGUCAAAUUAAACUGUACAGGAAGAAUGACUGACUGUCUCUUAGACCAUCUGGUAAACUGAAACAGAUGGCAAACUGGCUACUUAACCUAGAAGGUUACCGAGGCACUUCUGUCACAUCACCAAUACAGCUGUCAAUAUGGUGCUUCCUAUUUUUUUUUUAUUAUUUAUUUAUUUAUUUUUAAUGAAAGCUGGUUUAGUGUAUUGUGAAACUCAUGACUGUUUUAUAGUGACCAGCAUUGUAUAUUUUCUCAUUACAGGAUACGGAUGAUGCACUUGUCAUGCAGCCGGAAGCUUCCAAUGAAGCCUUUACAUUUGAUGUGCCAAAUUUGCACAAAGAUGGCUUCAGCUUCUAAAUGUAUGCACUAUAUUUUCCUCUCUAAAUUCUUGUAGUUUAAAUAAAUUAAAUGGACUAAAACUAAUAAACUCUAAUUUGCAGUAUGCUGCCAGUCUACUGUAAACUUUUAUUUUCCUAUUGAAUUUUCAAUUUUUUUUUUUUUUUUUUUUUCUUGUUGCCACCUUAAUAUUACUGCAGCCACAACUAAGUUACUAGCAAUCUGAGCCACUAAUUCUGGCCAAUAAAUUUAACUGUUGGGUUGUUGUGGACACUCCUUAUUUUGGAAACUACACUAGCCUGCAAUAUUGCAAACAAUACUCCCAUAUUUCUGUAUGAAAUUUUAUGAGAAGGCAUCUGGAAUUGUUAAAAUAAAUU